GUAACAUUUCUCUAAAGGACAGUUUAUUUCGAUGAGUCACGUUGGAUCCAUAAAACAAAUACACAAAAACCAAAAAACCAAAACAAAACAAAACAAAACCCAGUCUCAGGCCACAACCAGGAUUCGAUUUCCCAAUUCCCAACCAAAUCAAACAAACAAACAUCGCCUUCCUCUUCUCUCUCUCUCUUCUAAUGCCUUAAACCACGACAGCACGACGUCGUUUCAGGUUCCGGUUCCGGUUCCGGCUCCGUUUUAGCGAUGUUGAUCCAGGAAUGUACAGCAGGAAAGCCAGAAGAUGCCGGUCACCCCGACCCCGUCGCCGGUGGCAACCGGACUACGGUGGUCGUGGGAGUCAAGUUGGACUCGCAGAGCCGGGAGUUGCUGACAUGGGCUCUUGUCAAAGUGGCUGAGCCUGGGGACCAAGUCAUUGCCCUCCAUGUGCUCGACACCAUUACUGAAAGUACGUCUUCGUUGCUCUCUCUUGUAAAGACAUUCGAAUCGGUGCUCUCUGUCUAUGAAGGUUUUUGCAAUUUAAAGCAGGUUGAUCUAAAGCUUAAAGUCUGUAAGGGAAAGUCAGUCCGGAAAAUCCUAGUACGGGAAGUGAAAUCUCACCCUGGAGCUACUGUGGUGGUAGGAACUUCCAAAACCCACCACAGAAUCCGGUCAUCGGCCUCGGUAGCUAAGCAUUGUGCAAGACACCUGUCAAGGUGUUUCUCUGUUUUUGCUGUUGAUAAUGGCAAAGUUGUGUUCAAGAGGGAAGGAGCCGGUUCUAGUGCUGAUCAAUUUCAAGAUACUAAUUCAUCUAAUCGGAAUAAGAAUAAUGUCGGCUCUGUUCAUAAGUCUUUGGUCAAGAACGUUAACUUACAAAAUGAUACAAAAUCUAGUAAAUGCCACCAUCGUAUACGGAAAUCCUGUUCGAAGUGUAGAAACAAGAGUGACUGGAUGAGUUCUAUAUCGGAUUCUCAGUUUUCGUAUAAUUCUGGAAGCCAAUUUGAGGAUGAGUUGCCUGAUGAUGAUGUUGAGAACAAUUCCUUGGCUUUGGUACCAUUUCAAAGAUCUGAGAUUGCUUCCAAUUCCAUGGUGAGUCAAGAUUCAAAAGGCUUGAAAUCCGGCUGGCCAUUUCUCCGUCGUGUAUUUUUGCCGAAGCAGCAAUAUGUAGAGAAAUCAGUGAAAAAGUCUUCUGUGUUUCAACGGGUACUGAAGCUACCCAGCUGGCAUUCUUCAGCUGUAGUCUAUCCCGAUCAGAAACAAAGUAAUUCCGAUCAGGAUGAAGAUCAUUGUUCUUCUCUUGAUGGAGAAAGUGGAGCAAUUGUUCCUUUUGGAUCUAAUAUGGUCCGCCAUCCUCUUUCUCCUAACCAUGGCAUGGAGAGCUUCCCUGAAGAGUUGUUGAAUUUGCAUGAGAAGUACUCGUCCACCUGCAGAUUAUUUAGUUUUCAGGAACUUUCGCUGGCAACAUCUAACUUUUCACAUGAGAAUAUGGCUGGGAAAGGUGGUAGCAGUCAUGUUUAUAGGGGUUGUCUUCCAGAUGGAAAGGAAUUGGCAGUGAAAAUCUUGAAGCCAUCUGAGGAUGUGGUGAAAGAGUUCAUUCAGGAGAUUGAGAUUAUUACCACCUUGAACCACAAGAACAUAAUUUCCCUAUUUGGAUUCUGCUUUGAGGGUGGCAAUUUACUCUUGGUUUAUGAUUUUCUAUCGAGAGGAAGCCUAGAAGAGAACCUUCAUGGUAAUAAGAGGGAUGGUAAUGUGUUUGGUUGCCAAGAGAGAUAUUAUGUGGCUGUUGGUGUAGCUGAGGCGCUGGACUAUCUACACAGUGGCAUAGAAGAACCCGUGAUUCACAAGGAUGUCAAAUCAUCGAAUGUCCUUCUUUCUGAUGAUUUUGAGCCACAACUCUCAGAUUUUGGACUUGCUAGUUGGGCAUCAGCUUCAUCGCAGAUCACUUGCACUGAUGUUGCAGGAACCUUUGGUUACUUGGCUCCAGAAUACUUCAUGCAUGGUAAAGUAAGUGACAAAGUUGAUGUCUAUGCAUUUGGCGUCGUACUCCUUGAGCUUCUUUCAGGUAAAAAACCAAUCAAUAAUGAAUCUCCAAAGGGUCAGGAAAGCCUCGUAAUGUGGGCAAAGCCAAUAUUGAAGAGUGGGAAAGUUUCCCAACUGCUAGAUCCAAGCCUUGGCAGGGAUUAUGACCAUGAUCAGAUUGAGAGAAUGAUAUUGGCAGCUACCCUUUGCAUUAGACGUGCACCUAAAUUACGGCCUCAGAUAAGUCUUGUUUUGAAGCUACUCAAAGGUGAUGAGGAAGUUAUGAGAUGGGCAAGGCAACAAGUGAUUGAGUCUGAAGAACUUGAUGUUGUGGAUGAAGAAAUGAUUUCAACUAACAUUCAGUCCCAUCUUAACCUUGCAUUGCUAGAUUUGGAGGAUGAUUCUCUUUCUAUUAGCAGCGGUGAGCAAAGCAUCUCAGUAGAGGAUUACUUACAAGGGAGAUGGAGCCGUUCAUCAAGCUUUGACUAGCUGAGUUUUUAUAUCGAAUGCAGUUGUGCAAGUAAACAUUCCUCCUAAACGUUGUUGUCUGUUUAGUUUUUUGUAUAUUCCUUCUUGUGUUUGUUGUUUUAAACAUUUGGUUCACUCACUUAACAACCGGUGUCUCGGAAGUGAGGUUGUUAUGAAGAGUUUUGACCCCCUCCUUGACUUCCUUGACUUGUAGUUAUUUUCCCAGUCCAAAUAUCGUAGGGCUGGCUUUGUAUUCAAUCCUACGAUUCUUGUGUAUGAUUCGAAUCUUCUCUGGGGUGAAUGAGGUCGAGAGGAAAUGGGAUUUGAUGCUAAGGUCAUAUGUUGUGUCAAGCUCAUUAAUUUAUAGUUUCCACAUGGUGUAUAUGAAGGGUGUUGAACAUAAUGAAUCAAGCCCUGCAGGUAUCCUUUCUGAUAUAAUCA